AUGUUUCAUCAGUUAUAUUAUUUCGUAUUAUUGAUCUUGCCUAUCUUUAUUCGGGCACAAGAAAAACCUAUAGCAUUGAUUGGUACCAUAAUCUUGCCGGAUAAAAGUAUCGAUAAUGGGACAGUAUUGAUAUUCGACAGAUACAUCAAGGCAGUGGGUACUAAUAUUUUCAUCCCAAAUGAUGCGAUUAUUGUACAUACUAAUGGUGUUAUUUUACCAGGACUUAUUGAUCUACACAAUCAUCUAACAUGGAAUAUUUUACCACGUUGGAAACCUGUAGAAGAAUUUGGUAGUCGUUAUGAUUGGCAAAAAAAAGCAAUUUAUCGAACACUAUUGCAAUCUCCUCAUAAAGCGCUGAUUGAUGCAGGUCUCUCAUGUGAAAUGCAACGAUAUGCAGAAGUAAAAGCCAUUACACAAGGUGUGACAAGUUUGAUCGGUAGUUUAAGACAGCCAUGUAAUCGAGGAUUAGCACGGAAUCUUGAUGAUGACUCGACAUUAGGACAGAUUCUUUAUGAUGUUUUCCCUUUGUUGAUGACCGAUAUGAAAUUGAAAGAGACAAACGAAGUUUUAUCUUCAAAUGGUACAUUAUUAAUUCAUCUUGCGGAAGGUUCACCGAAUGAUGCAACAGCAGCAAUGGAGUUUCUUAUGUUAAAGGCUCGAGGUUUACUUAGACCCGGUGUAUCACUCAUUCAUGGUGUUGCUCUAAAACAAAAUGAUUUUCGUGAUAUGGCCAAUGCUAGUGUUGGUUUUAUCUGGUCGCCACGUAGUAAUUUAGCACUCUAUGGUGAUACAGCUAAUCUAGAAGCAGCAUUAGAAAGUCGUGUUAUUACAGCUAUUGCUCCCGAUUGGAGUCCUACUGGUAGCGAUGGCCUACUUAGUGAGCUGAACUAUGCCACUACUUGGAACGGUGGUUUAGAGCAUUCUCUCUUCGAUGAUCAUUUACUGUUAGACAUGGCUACAAUAAAUCCUGCUAAACUAGUCCAUCUAGAGAAACGCUUGGGUGCAUUAAAAGAAGGAUAUCUAGCUGAUGUACUCGUGCUACAAUUUAAUAGUGAUCAUAAUAAAUUCAAUCCGUAUUGGACUGCUACACAUUCUACACCUGAAGAUGUUUUACUUGUCUUAAUUGAUGGCGAAGCUGUUUAUGGAAAUCCUCAACUGAUGACACAAUUAGUAGAAUCAAAAAACUUAGAAUCGUUGGACAUAUGUGGUGUUGAAAAAAGUAUUUCCUUUGCUAGCCAAAAUGCUUCGCAAACUUCAUUUCGUCAAACCGAAAAAUUGUUGAGCAAUGCGCUUCGCCAUUUUAGUCGAACUUUAGCUCCACUUUCAUAUUGUGGAAAAUAA